UUUCAUUGUUUUUACGAUUUUUUCUGAACUUUUCGGUGGCAGAACUAAAUUGUAAUUGCUGGGUUCCACAGACUGGCCUCUUCUGGGUUUCAAACCGUCUCAGACAUAGAUGUAAGAAUGAUGAAGAUGAACUUCUACCUUCAGUUUAACUAUAGAUCAACACAUCAUCUUGCAUCUCAUGGGUUCUAUGAAUUUUUAAAUUGGUUUGAUGAAAGAGCAUGGUAUCCACUAGGAAGAAUAGUAGGUGGUACUGUUUACCCAGGGUUAAUGAUAACAGCUGGCCUUAUCCAUUGGAUAUUAAAUACAUUGAACAUAACAGUUCACAUAAGAGAUGUAUGUGUGUUCCUUGCACCAACUUUUAGCGGCCUUACAUCUAUAUCUACUUUCCUGCUUACCAGAGAACUUUGGAACCAAGGAGCAGGACUUUUAGCUGCUUGUUUUAUUGCUAUUGUACCAGGCUACAUUUCUCGAUCAGUAGCUGGAUCCUUUGAUAACGAAGGCAUUGCUAUUUUUGCACUUCAGUUCACAUACUACUUAUGGGUAAAAUCUGUAAAAACUGGGUCUGUUUUUUGGACAGUGUGCUGCUGCUUAUCGUAUUUCUAUAUGGUCUCUGCUUGGGGUGGUUAUGUGUUUAUUAUCAACCUUAUUCCACUGCAUGUAUUUGUGUUAUUACUGAUGCAGAGAUACAGCAAAAGAGUCUACAUAGCAUAUAGCACUUUCUACAUUGUGGGUUUAAUAUUAUCCAUGCAGAUACCCUUUGUGGGAUUCCAGCCAAUCAGAACAAGUGAGCACAUGGCAGCUGCAGGUGUCUUUGCAUUGCUGCAAGCUUAUGCUUUCUUGCAGUAUCUGAGAGACCGAUUAACAAAACAAGAGUUCCAGACCCUUUUCUUUUUGGGUGUAUCAGUAGCUGCAGGUGCUGUGUUCCUUAGUGUCAUCUAUUUGACUUACACAGGUUACAUUGCACCAUGGAGUGGCAGGUUUUACUCAUUGUGGGACACUGGGUAUGCAAAAAUACAUAUUCCAAUUAUUGCAUCAGUAUCUGAGCAUCAACCUACGACUUGGGUGUCUUUCUUCUUUGAUCUACAUAUUCUUGUGUGUACCUUCCCAGCAGGCCUAUGGUUCUGCAUUAAAAAUAUCAACGAUGAAAGAGUAUUUGUUGCUCUGUAUGCAAUCAGCGCUGUCUACUUUGCUGGAGUGAUGGUGCGGCUGAUGUUGACUUUGACUCCGGUCGUCUGUAUGCUGUCUGCAAUUGCCUUCUCAAAUGUUUUUGAGCACUAUUUGGGGGAUGACAUGAAAAGGGAAAACCCACCUGUGGAGGACAGCAGUGAUGAGGAUGACAAAAGAAACCCAGGAAAUUUGUAUGAUAAGGCAGGUAAAGUCAGGAAACAUGUAACUGAACAGGAAAAAACUGAAGAGGGAUUGGGUCCUAAUAUAAAAAGCAUUGUCACCAUGUUGAUGCUGAUGCUAUUGAUGAUGUUUGCAGUCCACUGUACGUGGGUCACAAGCAAUGCCUACUCUAGUCCAAGUGUGGUCCUGGCCUCUUACAAUCAUGAUGGCACCAGGAAUAUCUUAGAUGAUUUUAGAGAAGCUUACUUUUGGCUAAGGCAAAAUACAGAUGAACAUGCCCGAGUGAUGUCUUGGUGGGAUUAUGGCUAUCAGAUAGCUGGAAUGGCUAAUAGAACUACUUUGGUGGACAAUAAUACCUGGAAUAACAGCCACAUAGCACUGGUGGGAAAAGCUAUGUCUUCAAAUGAAACAGCAGCCUAUAAAAUCAUGAGGAGUCUGGACGUAGAUUAUGUUUUGGUUAUUUUUGGAGGGGUUAUUGGCUAUUCUGGUGAUGACAUCAACAAGUUUCUCUGGAUGGUUAGGAUAGCUGAAGGGGAACAUCCAAAAGACAUUCGGGAAAGUGACUAUUUCACCCCACAAGGAGAAUUCCGUGUAGACAAAGCAGGAUCCCCCACUUUAUUGAAUUGCCUUAUGUAUAAAAUGUCAUAUUACAGAUUUGGGGAAAUGCAGUUGGAUUUUCGUACACCCCCGGGUUUUGAUCGAACACGUAAUGCUGAGAUUGGAAACAAGGACAUUAAAUUCAAGCAUUUGGAGGAGGCCUUUACAUCAGAACACUGGCUUGUAAGAAUAUAUAAAGUGAAAGGACCUGAUAACAGGGAAACACUAGACCACAAACCUCGAGUCACCAACAUUUUCCCAAAACAGAAGUAUCUGUCAAAGAAGACUACGAAAAGGAAGCGUGGCUACAUUAAAAAUAAGCUCGUUUUUAAGAAAGGCAAGAAAAUAUCUAAGAAGACUGUUUAAAGAAGACUGUUUAACACUGUUCUGGUUCCUAACUUGAAGCAGUUGUCCUUGUGAGAACCAGUCUUUGCCUUUAGCUCACGUCAUGUUUCACAGCAACAGAGGGUACAGAGAACCAUCACUGUUCCAGGUUAAUGUACAAAAUUUCCUGGCAAUGCCUGAUUUCAAAAAUAAAAUUGGUUUAUUGAGAACAGCUGUUUUUGACUUGUAACGUGAAGCAAGACAGAGCACUGCUGUAAAUGUUUAACAGCAGAUUUUUAUUUUAUUUUUUUUUUGGUACAUAUUAUCCUUCAAAUCUGAGAAUUUGGACUAAUUGCACCAAAGAACCCUCUAAUUUGGUCCCUGGCACAUGCAUACUUAUCAAUGUUUUUAUUCUUUUACAAGACCUGCAUUUUUUUUAAUUACCCAAAUAGCAAUAUAUAAAGUAAAAAUGACAAAAUGUGAUACAAGCUUCUUGAAUCAGUAAACUAGUACAGGUCUGAGAAAGAGGUAUUAGAAACAUAAUUAUACUUCUUUGAAUUAUAUUUAUUUUCGUGUUUCUCCAGUGCAAAGACUGUUUCAUCAAAUGCACAUUUUCUGUUGCUUACUGUUUGCUCUAAGAAGCAGCUGCUGUUUCAAAUAUGAACCUCUGAGUAACUAAUUGAUUCAGAUAGUUUUUUAUGUUGACGUAUUAUUGCUGCUGUUAGCAGUUGUUUUCACCAGGUACUUGACAGAGCAGAUCUCAUACGUUGUUCAUUCAAGGGCUAAAUUUAUAUCCUUUGGAAAUCAUGGCAACUGCACAGAAUGUUGCUUACUAGAAUAGAGUUUGUAUCUCAGCACUGAGGUUAGCACUGAGGUUACUAGGAUGGAGUUUGUAUCUCAGCACUUAUGUUUACAUGUUGUAAAACAUUAAGGAAGAAACCGUUAAAGUGGACAGGUGUCCAAAGUUCACUAUCUGUGACUCUUCAAAAUGACAAAGGAUUUGUAAACUUUGCCUAGAGUUCUCUCGUUUUAUAACAGUUUCGUCUAUCACAAUGAUUUUGUCUUCUGCUCCAUAUUGUUUUAAUCCCGUAAGCAUUUGAUGAAACACUCUUUAAUGCUAUUUGAAUUUUUCUUAAAAGAUGUGACAGUUGUCAAAAAUGCACUAAAAUAUAAAUGGAGAUUGAAUAUGUUCACUUUCCAGCUUAUAGGCAACUUUAUAUAGACUUGAACAUUUUCUCCAGUUUAGUAAAAGUGAAAGAAAGUGUUUUUCCUGCCACAGGAUAUAACUUUUUUUAUACAAACAAGCAUAACUUACACCACUGCUUUUGGUGGAAAAGUACAGAAUAGUAUGUACCUUUUAUGAAGAAAAGUGUAAUUUACAAUAUUCCGUGAGAAUGUUACUGCUGAUUUUCUUUUCCAAAGUGUAGAAUAUUCUUUGAUUUAUAGAAAUUCAUUUUUGACCCAGAUGAUGGUUCUUUUACAGACCAAUAAAAUGGCUGAACAUUUUCACAAGUAAAUUGUAACUAAAUCUGGAUUUCUGAUACCUUGUCAUUUGGGGGAUUUUAUUUUACUUUGUUGCUUUAAAAUUCAAUGCGGAGAAGUUGUUGACUGUAGGGGAAAUAAAGUUAAUUCAAAUUUUGUGUUAA